AAGGAACCUCUAAUUCGGCAAUUUUUACGAGGCGCAAUGAACAUCCGACCGCCCGCAGUCCAUAGGUACCCCACGUGGGAUUUACCUAAAGUCCUACAGGCCCUCACCGGGCCACCCUUUGAACCUCUACGAGGCAUUUCCUUGAAACACCUUUCCUUCAAGGUGGCCUUCCUAGUGGCAGUGACCUCAGCCCGUCGAAUUUUAGAGAUGGCGGCCCUUUCGAUCCGGAAAGAACUAUGCAUUUUCCACCAAGACAGGGUAGUACUCAGACUGGACCCUUCCUUCAUCCCGAAGGUUAAUUCAAUAUUUCACCGGUCACAAGAAGUGGUCCUCCCAGAUUUCUGUCCAGCUCCUCGCCAUCACCUCGAAAAGCGAUGGCAUACCCUGGACGUUCGACGAGCGGUCAAGAUAUACAUCGCCCGCACUGCAGCCUUCCGGCGUUCGGAUGCACUCUUCAUGUCAUUCUUACCUUCUUCCCUAGGAUCUAAGACUUCCUCUUCUACCUUGGGCCGAUGGAUUCGGGCGUGUAUUUCCACAGCUUAUGAAGCUUCGGCCCUUCCGGCUCCACGCAACAUAACAGCCCAUUCUACACGAAGUGCGGCCACAUCAGCGGCAUGGUCCACCCGGGCCACUAUCGAUGAGAUUUGUCGGGCAGCCACUUGGGCUUCCCCUUCCCCUUUCGUCCGUCACUACCGCCUGGACAAGUUUGCAUCGGCGGACGCGGCCUUUGGCCGAAGGGUUCUCCAAGGUGUCCAUACAGCCUCCUGAGUGUGGGACCGGCCUUCUCCCGCCCAACUAGACACCUCGCUUUGAUACGACUAUCUGCACAGGCUCCC